AUGAAAAAAGAUAAUAAAUAUGCUUCUGGAGAUAUAGAGUAUGCUCAAUGCGAUGAUAUAAGUGCUAUGCGCUGGAAAGACAGAGGUUCUAAGCCAGUUACACUGAUAAGCAAUAUGCAUAAUGCAGCAGAACAUUGUGUUGUACUUAGACGAAAUUCUAGAGGUGAAAAAGUUCCUGUUUCCUGUCCAACUGGUAUAUCUGAUUACAAUAAAUAUAUGGGCGGAGUAGACAAAUUCGAUCAAUAUAUAGCUGCUUACACUAUAUCACAAAAAUCUCGUAGAUGGUGGAUCAAAUUGUUUUACUAUUUUAUUGAUACCGCAAUUGUCAAUUCUUAUAUCUUGUACAUCUUGUACAAAGAGAGUUGUAAUAAAGCAAAAAAUAAAUAUGUUUCACAGUUGGAUUAUAGAUCAAUGCUUACAGAUACCUUAGUCAAUAAUUUUAGCUGUAGAAAAAAACUACUGUAUCUCCACAAGAAAAAGGUGCAAAAAAAAAAAUUAAACAAUCUGCUGUUGAACAUGUACCAAAGUAUAUACAAUCAUAUAGACGUUGUAAGUUGUGUAGUAUGA